AUGGCUCGCGUGGGGGAACGGUCGGCGUCACCUUCCACCACCAAUCGAUCCAGCACCAACAGCUCCAGCAGCUGUAAUUCCAAAGACCACGGCAAACCGCGGAGGUCAUACUAUCGCCUAUUUCCCACCGUAGAGCCCACGCCGCCAGCAUCGCCGGUGUCUCUCGUCAAUCGGAGGGCGAGUCGGGCAAGUCUGCGAAAUUCCUCUGCUUGCGGAUCCUACCGCCGAAGAUCAUCAUCCGAGGACAACGGCCGAGGCGCUAGUUCUCGGGACCCCCAUUGCCCACCGCAUGUCCUGACAAACUUUGCCACCUCCUCGCUCAACGAUGGUCGGCAAGUCAGUCCACCUGAGCAACCAGCUCUGCGCACCGUGCAAGAAGAUAAGCAACUUUCGGAUGCUGCCGGGGUGCAAUCAGGGCUGAACACCGCGCAAAGUGGUGUUGAUCAGGCCCGAGCUUCUACGAACCACAAUCACCGCAACGGUUUCGAUAGCGUCCUCGUCCAGUCUAGCAAAGCUUGCGACACAUCUACUGCCUUUGAUAUGGCCGCACAUGGGAAAUGCCACGAUGGACCGGCGCGUCUGCCAGGGACUGUAACCACACCCGCCAUUGGACUUGGACUCGACAUACCGUCGACCCUGGAUGCGGAGGAUAACCAGCCAGGAACCAUCUUCAUGAGGACCAAACCCAGGCCGAAUCUUCGCAUUGCCAUUCUAGAGGAGCAGAAUAACGAGUCAGAGCCCUUGUCUCCACCAAAAUCUUCGCGACACACGAGAGAAGACUCUACCGAGUCAAUAUCAAAUGCGACCAUGAAUUCGUUGUCCCUGUCGCAGGACGGCUCGGCUGUCCGGGCUUCGGUGGCAUUAAAACAGUCGAUUGUCCCACUCAGUGCAGCGUUGAAAGUUCGCGAGCUCAAUGUUGCGCCGCACGGAGGACGUUUACGAGCAUCCAAGAGUUUUCCUGUAAAGCCAGUGGGGUCCAGCCAGGAAUUUGAUACUGCACACACAGCACGUCUUCAAGAUCCACCAAACACCAGCAUAGGAGUCCGGGCAGAUCUCCCUUCUCUCACUUCCCGCAUGAACAGGCGCGCUGCGGCUCCAGAGGCAUACCCUUUAACAACAACCCCGGAACCCUACCCUCCUGCUCCAAUGCGACCAGCGACCGCGCGAGCUGCCACAACAACCAGUGCAAAAAGCAUCUCCCAUGUAGACCAGCCACGACCGGUCUCCUCCGGGCAAAGCGCUCUUGCGACGGCCAGAGCAAAUGUGGCGGCAUUCAGCAAUGUGGAAGUGCCGACCUGGAAUGCCAGUUUCUUCGAGCAAACCCAGACUCCCCGACCCGAAGUGGCGUCACUCUUCUCCGCACCAUUACAUCGUGGGCAUGAUGGCAUUUCGGAUCCAGUGCGGACCCUAGCAGAGCUUUCGAAGCAGUGCGAGGCAUUGUACGCCAGGCAUACCUCUCUACGAGCACAGCGAGUGCAACUCAGCAGUGCCAUUGUUGCGAACAUGAACAGCCAAAAGUCUGGACCUGCCUCUGGUGAUAUGCUCCACGAGCAACUGUCACUUGCGGCUGUCAGCUCAUCAAUUGACAUUUGCUUUGCAAAGUUGAAGUCGCUUGAGUGCCAGAGAGAAGAUGCCAUUGCGGUACUUGUUGCUCAGGCAAGUGGUCCCAGAAGAGACUCCGACAAUUCCAUCCCCAUGUCUCGUAAAAGCUCGUUUGCGCCGUCCAUGGAUUCAGGCAGCCGACUAGCUUCAGGUCGCUCGACACCAGACAUCCACUCAUUGUACCGUUCAAAUCGGCCACCGCCAAUCAAGACCUACUCCUCCAGAAGCGAGACUGACCCUCWGCGGGUUAGAUCACCGUUACCCCGGACAUCCUCUCUUCCCUACGAUAGCGGCACCGAAGCUGAACCCAAAUAUGAUCGACUGGUUGCCCAACAGCCCAAACGAUUGACGCAGAUCAGUGAGCCUCCAGGCACCCCGGAUCUAUCUUUCGAGACUGCAGGCGCUUCAUCGACCGCGGACGAAGCGGAUGACGCUCCAAACUCCGACUUCUCCGACAUGGACGACAUGUUGGCAGAAGAGCUUUUCCGAAAGCCGCACCGGAAGAACGCCGAUGGGAAGAGUAUGAAAGCAGUAAAGGUUCUUGGACUCGAGCUUGAAGACUUACCACCGGGAACAACCCCUCCACCCGUAUCUCCCAUGAGCAGCCUCUUUUCCGGCGCCAAAAGGAAGAAAAGCAAACCCCCUCCACCGCUCAAAUUGAAGAAAGAUUCGGGUUCCAAAAGCUCGAUCAAAGUCUCCCCCUUGACAUCCAGCACCGUGCACCCCUCGGAGCAAGAUCAGCGAGACCACGAACUCGAACUCCAACUCCAAUCCUUCCCUCCCACCCCCGGCCGAUCCGCCCCCGCUUCCUUGCCCCCUUCGGGCCCUCCUCGCGUGCCUUCUUCUGUCGGGACAAUCACAUCCAAACGCACGAUCCGUCGCCACGACUCUCCCGUUACAAGAAGUAAUACCGGGAAAUCAUCGACAUCCGCGCAUACCAUCAAUGUUUACUAUGAUUUCGAUCCCGAUGAGGCUUUACCCCCCAUGUCUCACCAGGCUCUCCCGACUUUCCCUCACCGGCAUCAGAGCCAUCGGGCGAUCUUCACACGUGCGGAUACACCGCCUUCUCCUUGA